UCUGCAUCUUCCGUCAUCUCGGCGUAUCCAGCAUGCUCAUGCGCCAAGUGCUACUGACGCUCUGCGCCCUGGUCCUCGUGGCCGUCGCGCAGACGACGCCGACGACGACCAACCCCUUCCUCCCGGCGGAAAGCGCCUGCCAGCGCUGCGCCAACUCGGGCACGUGCGACCAAGCGUACCGCGGCAACGCGGGCAAGUACUGCGGCAACUGGCUCGCGCCCCCGAACCUCGCGCGGGCCGUGUGCUGCUGCCCGACCAAGAGCGUCUGCGCCAUCUCGGCGAACCUCAUGCGCUGCGAGUGCCGCGAGGAAAAGUCGAUUCCGUACUGGGUCUGGAUCCUCGUCGCCAUCGGCGUCAUCCUCAUCGGCGUCGGUAUCUACUUUUGCUGCUGCCGCCCCACGCCCGCUCCGGAGGCCGUCUACGUGCAGCAAGCCGCGCCCAUGUACGUCGAGCAGCCCAUGGGAACGUGCGGCCAGCCCGUGUACGUUCAAGGUCAGCCCAUGAUGGUCAACGGCGGCUACGGCUACGGCGGCUACGGUGGUGGCUACGGCGACGGCGGUCUCGCAGCUGGUGUCGCGGUCGGCGCCACGGCGGGUCUCGUCGGCGGCCUUGCGCUCGGCGCUGCCAUGGACGCGGGGCAUGGCUAUGGCUACGGUGGUGGCUAUGGCGGCGGCUAUGGCGGCGGCUACGCGGGCGAAGGCGGUGGCGGCGGUGCCACGUUCGGCGGCGACUUCUAAGUGCGAGCUGUCGAAUCUAUCUAUUGUAUUAUCAUUUGGAGUGAAUGCUUGGUACGUGUCGCCCGCACGUCGGAUGCUCCCACUGGACAUAGCUCAAGAAACGCCUCGAUGAGAGAGAAUAGCAGUCGACACAGAGAUGACAUUAUUGUCAGCGAUUAAUUCCAGUUGCUGCUUGGCGGU